AUGGCAUAUACCGGCCUCACCGUGCCUCUCAUCGUGAUGAGUGUUUUCUGGGGCUUCGUCGGCUUCCUGGUGCCCUGGUUCAUCCCUAAGGGUCCCAACAGGGGAGUUAUCUUCACCAUGUUGAUGACCUGUUCAGUUUGCUGCUGUCUCUUUUGGCUGAUUGCAAUUCUGGCCCAACUCAACCCUCUCUUUGGACCACAGUUGAAAAAUGAAACCAUCUGGUACAUCAAGCAUCACUGGCCUUGAGGAAGAAGACCUGCUCUCCAGUGCUCAGUCAUUGAGGUCACAAAGAAAACUCCUCUAGAUGCAAAAUCACCUCCAUACCCAGACCACCU